AUGAAGAAGUCCCUCCCUUCAAAUGCCAAGAUCUCAAAGGAAGCCAAGGAAACUGUCCAGGAGUGCGUGCCUGAGUUCAUAAGCUUCGUCACAGGCAAAGCGUCCUACAAGUGCCAGAGGGAGAAGAGGAAGACUAUCAAUGGGGAUGACCUUCCUUGGGCCAUGAAAACCACUAGCAGAUCCACCGAGGCGCAAGGAGGUGCAGCUGCACCUCCCCUCGCCGGAAACUUCCAGACUCUGGAGGAUUUGCAAAUCCAACCUGCUUAUGUUCAAACUUUCCAAGGCCCGCCUCAUGGGAUUCAAGUUUUCGAAUUAUUCAUCACUGGGUUAAACUAUCUAAGUGUCUUGAUGCUUGAUCACCAUUAG